GCGCGCGCGCGCGCGGGAGUCCCACGUGGGACCCGGUGGGGCGGGGGGCCGGUCGGGACUGGAGCAUCCCGCCACGUCAGUCUGCGGCUCUGAGCCAAUCCCGCGCUCGGGCUGCCGAGAGGGAGCCGUGUGGUGCUGAGAAGUGGCAUUCGGGAGAAAGGAGGCCUCUUCCUUCUCUCCCUCUCUUCAGGGGCAGCUUCUCGGAAACCUAGCACGGGGCCGAGAAGUCUCGGGCAAAGGCCGACCAGUUUAUGUGAAGCUCCGGGCAUCGAAUUUUGGGAUUUCUUAUCUAGGUUGUGAAGAAUUUCGAAGUCUAGAAAACACCAACUGUGUCCUUAAAGGAUCUGCCCCUUUUCUGGCCUUGCAGAUCACAAUGAAGAACCAAGACAAAAAGAAUGGGCCUGCCAAACACUCCAACUCGAAGAGCAGCCCGGGGCAACGGGAAGCUGGACCCGAGGGAACCCAUGGACGACCCAGACAGACAGCUCCUGGGGCGGAAGCUGAAGGCUCCACAAGCCAGGCUCCUGGGAAGCCCGAGGGGGCUCGAGCCAAAGCAGCUCAGUCCGGGGCCCUCUGUGACGUCUCUGAGGAGCUGAGCCGGCAGCUGGAAGACAUUCUGAGUACAUACUGUGUGGACAACAAUCAGGGAGGCCCAGGUGAGGAGGGAGCACAGGGUGAGCCCACCGAGCCGGAAGACACAGACAAGUCCAGAACCUAUGCUGCCAGGAAUGGGGAGCCUGAACCAGGCAUUCCAGUAGUCAAUGGCGAGAAGGAGACCUCUAAGAGGGAGCCUGGCACAGAAGAGAUCCGAGCAGGUGAUGAGGUUGGAGACCGAGACCAUCGAAGACCACAAGAAAAGAAGAAAGCCAAGGGUCUAGGGAAGGAGAUCACUUUGCUGAUGCAGACACUGAACACGCUGAGUACCCCCGAGGAGAAGCUGGCUGCACUGUGCAAGAAGUACGCGGAGCUGCUGGAAGAGCAUCGGAACUCACAGAAACAGAUGAAGCUCCUGCAGAAGAAGCAGAGUCAGCUCGUGCAGGAGAAGGACCAUCUGCGUGGGGAGCAUAGCAAGGCUGUCCUGGCCCGAAGCAAACUUGAGAGUCUGUGCCGGGAGCUGCAGCGGCACAACCGCUCCCUAAAGGAAGAAGGUGUGCAGCGAGCCCGUGAGGAAGAGGAGAAGCGCAAAGAGGUGACUUCACACUUCCAGGUGACACUGAAUGACAUUCAGCUACAGAUGGAACAGCAUAACGAGCGGAACUCAAAGCUCCGCCAGGAAAAUAUGGAACUAGCCGAGAGGCUCAAGAAGUUGAUUGAGCAGUACGAGCUUCGUGAGGAGCACAUCGACAAAGUCUUCAAGCAUAAGGACCUGCAGCAGCAGCUAGUGGAUGCCAAGCUCCAGCAGGCUCAGGAGAUGCUGAAGGAGGCAGAGGAGCGGCACCAGCGGGAGAAGGAGUUUCUCCUGAAGGAAGCGGUGGAGUCCCAGAGGAUGUGUGAGCUGAUGAAGCAGCAGGAGACGCACCUCAAGCAGCAGCUCGCCCUGUACACAGAGAAGUUCGAGGAAUUCCAGAACACACUUUCCAAAAGCAGUGAAGUAUUCACCACGUUCAAACAGGAGAUGGAAAAGAUGACAAAGAAGAUCAAGAAGCUGGAGAAAGAAACCACCAUGUAUCGAUCCCGGUGGGAGAGCAGCAACAAGGCUCUGCUGGAGAUGGCUGAAGAGAAAACCCUCCGGGACAAAGAGCUGGAAGGCCUGCAGGUGAAAAUCCAGCGCCUGGAGAAGCUGUGCCGAGCGCUGCAGACUGAGCGCAAUGACCUCAACAAGAGGGUACAGGACCUGACUGCUGGGGGCCAGGGCUCCCUCACUGACAUUGGCUCUGAGCGGAGGCCGGAGGCUGCCACUGCCUCCAAGGAACAAGGUGUUGAGAGUCCUGGGGCUCAACCGUCCAGCUCUACCAGGGCCACAGACGCUCCUGGCUGUCCAGGAGCACCAAGCACAGAAACAGCAGGCCAAACAGGCCCCGGAGAGCCCACCCCUGCCACUGCCUAGAGAUCAUGGUGCUUGGGCAUGCUGGGAAAGGAGCAGCAGCCCAGUCAGGCCUGGUCCAUGCAAGGCUUCCAUACUGAGCAGCCUAGUGCUGAGGCCAGGGUGUUCUGACCUGGAGGGCGUCGGACACUUCGAAAUUUUGAAUUUUGGGGGUUAGUCUUACAUGGAUGGGGCAGGUGUGCAAACCCUCAAUUCCAUAGUGAACACCUGUGGGUGUACUGUGGCCUUUCACCACAGAUGGUAUGCAGAUGAAGCUGGUGACUCUAAACUGAAGAGUUGUAGAAGAUGUCACCUGUAUCUGCCAUCACAGUAAGCUGGCAGGUCAGAUGACUCCAGUAUUUUCCUACCCAGCUCUGAGGCUCGGGCCCCUCUUGGCCUUUUCAGAGCUCGUGACAAGUGAAAACACCCAGGCCUGGACUCUUAUUUUUUGUAAGCAGAACUUGGGCAGUUUGGGCUCCUGUCACUCCCCUGGAGGUUCCAUUGCUUCUCUUAACCUGGGAAUGGUGUCCCUGGCAGAGUCUUUGUGGGAACAGAAGUGGAGGGUGUGCCUGUAUGGGAGGGAAUCCCCUUGGGCCCAUUUCCCUCUAGUAGAGCCAGGUCCAGGCCAGCGUUGCUUCUCAGUUCUCAGUAGCCUUAUCAUUCACAGGUGCCUCGAGCCUGCACAAAGAAUUGACAGACGUCACCCAAAGGAUUCUUUUGGGAGGGUUUUUGUUUGCUUGUUUUGCAUAAGAGUUUGUAUUAAAGAACUAAAAAGGAAGGAACAGGGAUACUCUAGCAGUGGUCUCCAGGUGCCUGGCCUCCAGUGCCCCACUCAGAACAGCCCUGUCAGGGUCCUUUGCCAUGUAAUGCCAAGGUACCCUGCUUGGGAACAUGAGAUAUUUCAGAGAAGGGAAGAGGUUUCUAAUGGCUUUGCCACAAGCUUGCCUAUGGGCCUAGGAGGUGACCACUGAUUCCCAUCACUGAUUCUCCAUGCAGCCUUUGCUGGUCCACAUGCCCCUUGGCAUCAUUGACUGCAGGUCCUUGUGCUCCUUGGCAUCAUUUCUUUGCUCCUGCUCCUCACCUCCAGCUCAGAGGAGUGGUUUCUGAGGACUACUCUUGUGCCAUUUCCUAGCACCCUCUUGGCCAAAAAGUGAGUACUUGGGAUUUCACUUUCCUCUGCCUAAGCCGGCAGGUAGGUCAAGAACAGACAUCCCAGGAACCAAAACAGCUGCAGGGAGCUGUCUUUGCCUCCCCUCCCUCCCCCUCACAGUGUUGCUGUGUUCUCUUCCGGCUCUGCUGAAGUCCUGUUGCACACCUGCCAGGAUGUGAGUCAGUUUCCACAGCAGCUUUCUGGACUGUCUUGGAAGCUGAGGCUCCACUACCGUAAGCUGAGGUUGCUUCUUACUGUAUUUCAACUAUUACAUUAUCCUGCAAAGUUUAUUUGUCUUUCAUAACUAGCCUCUAAGCCCCCACACACAUUAAAAAAUAGAGUUGGGUGUGUGGUAUAUUCCUAUAAUCCCAGAACUCAGCAGAGCUAAGAAGCAGGACCCCUUGUCAGAAAGCCAAAAAGUGAAAGGCUGGUAGAAAUCAUCACAUGCUAAUGAUCAUGUGUUUAAGUCCAGAAACAAAUUAAUGACCCUUGCCCAUGUCACAGGCUCUACCAUUUCAAAUACUUGCUACCCUGGUAUAUUUCUCCACUCAGGGUGCCCGGCAGCUGUGAGAGUGUUGAGGCUCUGCCAUCUCCAGCUGGGAUCUGUUAUCCUGUGGAAUUUCUCCCAAGGUCUUAGAUCUUGGAAAUCAUAGUAUUCUUCCUGAUCCAGUAAGGCCUCGCAGCCCGCAGUCCAGGCUGAGAUCUGACCUGUUAACCCAUGGGGCUCCUUAGGCCACAGAGAUGUAAGGAUACAGCAUCUUUUGCCUCCUUGAAAACGGGAGGGCCUUCUGUGGUCCACUUGUAUUGGCUUGCCUCACUUCAGCUACCUCUUAAAGCUUGUUGCAGGGGUUACAGCUGUUGGGUCUCAGCGUGGCAGGAGAACCUUGGCUGUUCGCUCCAUCCACUUGUAGGCACCCAGGGCAAUGCAUAGGCAGUAAUCUCUUCCUUUCUCCUUCUCUCUGACCAAAUCUAAACAGUCACUACAGCUGUUCUGCUUUCCAAAGUCAGCCCAGGAGCCUGGGCUAGUUGCAGGGAGGUGCCCUGUCUGUGAGAGGGCCAGUGCUUUCCUCACUUGGGCAAGUCCCUGCACGUGACCUCAUUUUAGGACCAAGAGCUGUGUUGGUUUCUUAGAUUGUUAGCUUACUCUCUAGAGGACCACAAUGGGUAUGGCUUAGAGCCCAGGGCCCUUGGCUGUACAAACAAUAUUUAGGUCCUUGUCCAGGGAAGAGCUUCAUGUUCGCCAUGUCAGCCCUACUUUUUGUCGUUUUUCCAGGAGGCUUUCUGACCAUGGGUGGAGCUUAGGCACUUUCUGUAAGGACGUUGUUUCUGUAAAGAUGGUUAAUUUAAUGCUUCCUAACCCCAUCAUAUUAGUCCUACUGAGGGCUGACCCAGAGGCCAAUGGAGCUGCCCAGCUGCAGCCUGCUUAGAGCUGCUCCAUCCCCCUUCCACAUUAACAGCAUGGAUGGAUCACCAGGCAUCUGACCGCCCUUAACCAGCCUGGGGUAGGAGGGCUGCCUCUGUCCCCAUGAUUGCUUUCCUUUGCCACCCACACUUGUUUGAAGUUGUGCUGACCGCUUUUUUUCCCCCUCUUUCUCUUUCCCCUUCCGAGUCUACUUUUGGUAUUCACAACAGCCAGGGACUUGAUAUGGAUGUAUUUUACACCACAUUAAAUAGUCUGUUGCUGCCUUACUUGUACCUCAGCUAAUUGGAUUGUUUGAUGAUGUUUCUGGAUCUGCAGAGUGGCAGUGGCCAGGACCGUCCUGCAUCCUUCUGCUGGCCACAAGUUGAGGACCAUGACAGAUUCUUUAGCUGUGAUUGCGCUUGGUGUAGAAAAAUCAUCAAAGGGCAUAAGUAAAAAAUUUUAGAUCUUUCAAUAACGUAUGCAGACCUGUAGUCCCAUUUCGCAAAGGCUGAGGCAUGGGUGCUGUGAGCUCAAGGUUGCCUUGGGCAACAUCAGCAAGGCUUAUAUGAACAGAAACCCUGUCUCAAGGGGGUGAGGUUGAGGGCCUCCAGAUAUGGUGGGACAUGCCCUUAAUCCCAGCACUCUGAAGGAAAAGACAGAAGGAACGCUCAAUUUGAGGUCAGCCUGGUACACAUGUAGUGUCCAGUUUGCUGCAGGAGGAGUACUGUGAGGAGGAGGGGUGGCUAGAUGGUGGAGAGGAUGUACUCCUUCAAGUUGCCUUUUGCUCUCUAUAAAUACAGCUU